AGGAGAGGACAUAACUCGCUGUCCUCGUCCUCCUUUCAUUUCAUUUCUUUUCUUUUCACCUGUCUGUGAAUUGAGUUUGUGAUUUUUUUCUUCUUUUCUUCAGAAGCUGGACUUCUUUUUACUACUACUAUAAUCUGCGCGGGUUACUCGGUCACAAUGGAACACUCACACUCACCCCCACCACCCCCACCACCGCCAGCCUACUACGAAGAAGCACUGGAACCGUUCCUACCUCGCGAUACGACGGGCGCACAAGCGAAGGAGCGGACAACACUAAAUCCGAGGACGAAAAUCUUCGCCGCUCUCGGCGGGCUAACAGCUAUACUCACACUGCUCUUCUUCUUCCUCCCACCAACCACACUGCUGGGCGCACACCACGUCCAGGACCGGAGCAAUGCAACCCUGCACCCAAUCCCCGUGGCGGGCGCGGUCGUGGGCGCAGACAACUGGACACUCCCGCUCCCUCCGCUACCACUGACGCCGUACGCAAUGGCGCUCACCUGCAUGGCAGUGCAGCACCGCGGUAGCGGUGCUGGACACACACACGCACACCGGGAGUACUACUCGGUCGACGAGUCAUUCGUGGACCCAGCGGCAACGACGGGGGAGGAGGAGCGGGUGCUGACGUACUCACUCGCGACCACCACCUCGGUCGUGGGACUGGCCGAGUCGCUGCUCGAAGUGUUCACAUCCUACGGCCUCGCCGCGAGCGAGGGCCGGCGAUUCGUCCUCGACGAUGCUGACUGGGCCUGGGGGCGCUGGCGAGAUUACUUUAUCAGCGGUUCGCUGGCCGCGGACGGUGCGGGCCGGGAAGGGGCACUGCCGUGCCCAAGGAGUGCGAGCAGCCUUGUCGUCGCCCACGCGACCCGGGGGUGGGCGUUUGGGCAUGCCUUCACGGAGCACUUUGAGCUCGCCCGGGAGCGGGGGAGUCGCCGGCAGCAGCGGGUGUUCGCCCUGGCGCGGAGCGGGUGCGAGGCGCUGCUGAGCGUGCGGCCGGCGCUGGCUAAGAGGGUGCGCAGGAGGGUGGCGGAGUUGAGGGGGCGGGCGGGGGACGGCGCGUGGGUGGUUAUUCAGGCGAGAAGGGGGGACUAUAAACCCCGCACGUGGGAGUGGGUCAAGGGCGAGGGCGUGCAGUUGGAUGUGCUCGCGGAUGUGGCGGCCGAGAUGAGUGAGGGCCACGGGAGGGUGCUGGUGAUGAGUGAUGAUCUGGCGGUGGUGAAGGCGCCGGAGCUGGCGGGGAGCUUGCCGGCUGUGGAGGGUGGGAAGGGGUUGAUAGAGAGAGGGUACACGAGGAGUGAAUUGUUGAAGCUGGGAACGAUAGAGAGGAGACAUGUGGCUGAGAGGUGGCUGGAGGAUAUAUUGGUGGUGAAGGAGUUGGUGGGUGCUGGGGGAGCGGACGAGGGCGGCGUGGUCUGCGGAGGCGCCAGUGCCACCUGUAGGCUGCUCGCGGUCAUCGUCGGGUGGGAGAUGAGUGUUGUCAACGAGAGGUGGAGGGAUGUGGACGGAGGGAUCGGGUGGAGCGGGGUUAAUUGGUGAUGGAAUGAUGCGAACAUGACACGAACGGGGACGAUAAUACGAUUGAUAGUGAUUGAACAUGAACUUCGUCCACGUAUUUGGUAGUGGUACGGACAAUCCUGACACUAGGUAGUCGAUGUGGCGGACUUAUGUACUCUACGAGCGGGACGAAGGGCAAGAGAUGGCGCUGCUGAAGGGUGUAACGGAUCG